AAGCAUUGUGUCACACAGUUAACAGCUAGCUGCUCCUGUUAGCUGUUUAUCAAACUUUAUCCGCCCGGCAGGUUUUAAGAGUUCUGUCUCAUCCACCAUCUCACAUCGGAGGACGUGUUUAUCACACACCCGGCGGGUGGCUGUGUCGUUUUAUCAGAGAAACACGGCGAAGGUGUGAGAACAGCGCAGUUAGCCGGGUGAGAGCGCAGGCUGUUGGAUGUGUUUGUGCGGUAUCACCGGGUUAGCUUGACAGCUAGCUGAGCAAAGAUAAACACGCCGGGCGGAGGAAUGAACCACAAGAGCAAGAAGAGGAUCAAAGAGGCGAAACGCAGCGCCAGACCCGAACUGAAGGACUCGCUGGACUGGAUAAAACACGGCUACUAUGAGACCUUCGACGUGUCGCACCGUACUGUGAAGGACGGUGUGGAGCGCGUGGACACCCUCCAUCUGACCACAGAGGAGUUCAUCGAGCGCUUCGAGCGGCCCUACAAGCCCGUCGUCCUCCUUAACUGUCAGGAGACCUGGCCCGCACGGGAAAAAUGGACGCUGGAGCGCUUAAAACGCAAAUACCGCAACCAGAAGUUCAAGUGUGGCGAGGAUAACGACGGUUACUCAGUGAAAAUGAAGAUGAAGUACUACGUGGAGUACCUGGAGUCCACCCGUGACGACAGCCCGCUCUACAUCUUUGACAGCAGCUACGGUGAACACGCCAAGCGGCGGAAGCUGCUGGAGGACUACGAGGUUCCCGUCUUCUUCAGGGACGACCUCUUCCAGUUUGCAGGAGAGAAGCGCAGGCCGCCCUACAGAUGGUUUGUGAUGGGCCCGGCCCGGUCCGGCACCGGCAUCCACAUUGACCCGCUGGGCACCAGCGCCUGGAACGCCCUGGUUCAGGGACACAAGCGAUGGUGCCUGUUCCCCACCAACACGCCACGGGAGCUGAUCAAAGUGACGAGAGACGACGGCGGCAACCAGCAGGACGAGGCGGUCACCUGGUUCAGCGUGGUUUAUCCCCGCACGCAGCAGCCCACCUGGCCCGCAGAGUUCAGACCGCUGGAGAUCCUGCAGAGACCCGGGGAGACGGUGUUCGUGCCCGGCGGCUGGUGGCACGUGGUCCUCAACCUGGACACGACAAUCGCCGUCACUCAGAACUUUGCCAGCUCAGUCAACUUCCCCAUCGUGUGGCACAAAACGGUUCGAGGACGUCCCAAACUCUCCAGGAAGUGGUACCGAUCACUAAGGUCGGUCGUCCUGCAGAGUGUUUAUAACAUUCACAGCAGCAGACCAUGUGCACUCUGUCUCCUCCCACAGGCGGGGUCGGGCUCUGAGGGCGACGCCAUGUCUCACCGAAGGAAGAAGAGACGCACCUGUGGCACGGCGGCCAACGGAGACACGAGCAGCCAGGAUGACUGCGUCAGCAAGGAGAGGAGCUCGUCGCGGUGACCUCCGCCCGGCGGCGGCGACUCUGCGGCUCCAGCUGCUUCUCGUCUCGCUGAAGGUGUGAGACCCUGAGGAGGAGGAGACCUGCCACCACUGUGCUUUUCUCUGUAGCUUCUGUGAGGAUGAGGCUGUGAAGAGGCGUUUAUGGAGCUGGGCGGGUUAACUGUAAACGAACCGCCGGCACUUUGAGCAGGUCACUGCAGCCGGGCAGGAUUUCACCGGCACUUCAGCUUUUCCACCAUUUCUCCAACUUCUGCUUUUCAAACUCUGAUGGCGUCUUCGGUUUCUCGCCGUCGACUCGCCGAUCGUCUACGUGAAUCUGAGCUCUUUGGUGCUUUGGGCGGUGUACAUGGGAACGCCUCCUGAGCCGCCGUCUUAAAGGAACUGUGACGUUUUCACAAAGGUUCCAGUGGAACAUUUUUAUAACAGAACAUUUGCAGUUUGAGUUUGUAGGAGAGAAAGUUUCUAAAAAUCCCGAUUGAUCCGAACGCAGCGUGACACAAACCGAUGUCCUUUUAUGAAACGUAGUAAUCAGCUGCCUCUCCAGUGAGCUCUUAUCUCAUGGACAGACUCCCACUCUCCACCUGCUGCAGGUGUGCACAGGUGACCCCCCCCCACCCAGCUUCCUCUCAGAGGAGCUUGAGGAAACAACGGGCACCUGCGGUCCAAGAUGGAGGAGGUGGAGUGCAGCUGUGGGGCGAGAUCGUCUCUGGAGAAGCAGCUGAAAGAAGUCGAAACGACCACAACAGCAAGACAGGAAGUGACAGGCCUAGCUAGUUGGUAAGGACUCAGCUUUCAAAAUAAGAGCGCAUCAAGGUUAGCUGGCGGUCCUUUGGUGUUGGCUUUCGUGCGCUGAUGCGGUCGAUGAGUUUCUGAUGUGAUGCCUUUUAAACAGUUUCCUGAUUGGAGGACGUGAGCAGUGCUUUUAAACGUGUUUUGUUCUGAUGGUGUUAAAGCUCGUCCGUUAGCUCAGAUCACACCGUUAAUGAAUGUUUUAGAUAAACGUCCACAGGCUGGGAGGUUUCUCACACCCUCUUGUGCACGAGCUGAAACGACGUUCUGUCUCAGCUGUUUCCUGUUAUCUGGAGAGACGAGGGUGGCGGCGUCCACGUCUCUCGGGUUGGCGCUUCGUUUCUGUUCGUUUGUUUGCAAACUGUCUUAAGAACCAGAUGUGACCCGAGGCCCCGUCCUCUCCUCUCCACCUGACGCUGACGUCAUGGAGGUGUCAACUUAGCGCCUUAACGUGCCAGACGGAGACUUCCUGCCUGCUGUCUGACACUUCCUGUUCGAGCCAAACAGACUAAUGACAUUAGAGCAGGACCUCUGCAGCUCUCAGCUGAUGUUUCUACUUUGUGCCAAAAUCAAGAGACGAACAGCCGAGAGGUGGUGGACGGCGGUGGCGUGUGGGAGGAGCCUGUUAGUUUGUUGUUGAGUAUCAGCUGAGGCUUCGUUUUAAUUAUUCAAAAACUUUCUGACCACAGCAACUCAAAUCGUAACAGUGAAAACGGGCUCGCGUGCGGCUGCUUAAAGUUUCGCCCCAAUGAUCCAACGUGUCCUCAGAGCAAAGUGAGUUUUUAUUUAUGUAUAUUUUUUUAGAGGUUUGUCUUCUUCACCAUGACAGCAGUGACGCUCCAAGUACCAAAAAUCCAUAAAAAACCUGUAGAGAUCUCGAGCCAAUCACUGUUGAGUUUAAUGAUCUGUAAUCAUGCCGUCUGAUAUUUGUCUGAACGUCUGCAGCUGCUGAGGUUUUUAAACGUUCAGGAGAAGCAAAGAUGUCUGCCACCGCGGCACAGCAGGUGACUGCAGGCACCUGUCACUACACUGGACACGAAAUAUAAACGUCAGCAAACAGAAAUGAUACUAAAGAUGUUUUAAUUCCUCAUCAAAUGUUUUUUCUAAUCAGAGAAACAUCUCGUUAAAGCUCAGAUCUGUUUAAUCUCCUGUCAUCAAUCACAAUAAACCAGUCAGAUCGCCGGCUGUGCGUUCACUUCCUGCCGACCUGUCGCUUUAAAGUGCCUAACAGUGCUGUGACUGACUGUAGGGGGCGCUGUUUUACCUGUUCUCAAAGGCACGCUGCUGCUCUGUGACGCCGUCACACGGUGCCUUUAAGUGAAGGUCUGUUGAUGACGAGAAGCUCAGACGUGUGAUUGAUUUCAUUGUUCAAUAAAAGUUUUCUAUGAUUGAAA